AUGGGACUAGGCGCGAGAGGUUUCCUGACGCUGCUGGCCCUGGGGGUCGUGCUUGGGGUGGCGCUGCUGAAGGUCUUCACGGACAGCGCGGACCCCGAGGGGACUCCAAGCCAGAAGAAUCCUAUGUCUGUAGAAAGCUCCGACAGUGACCAAGGAGGAACUGCAAACCAGAAUGAUCCUAAGUCUGAACAAAACUCCAAUGGUAACAACCAAGGAGGAGCUCCAGGCCAGAAUAAUCCUCAGCCUGUACAAAACUCCAAUGGUAACAACCAAGGAGGAGCUCCAGGCCAGAACAAUCCUCAGCCUGUACAAAACUCCAAUGGUAACAACCAAGGAGGAACUGCAAACCAGAAUGAUCCUAAGUCUGAACAAAACUCCAAUGGUAACAACCAAGGAGGCCCUCCAAACCAGAAUAAUCCUCCGUCUGAACAGAAGUCCAAUGGUAACAACCAAGGAGGAGCUCCAAACCAGAAUAAUCCUCAGUCUGUACAAAACUCCAGUGGUAACAACCAAGGAGACCAACAGGGACAUCCCAACCAUAGGCAUGAAUCUUCCAACGUCAGUGUGGAACCAUCAACAGCUUCAGUUUCCCCAAAUAAUGUGACCACUACCACCUUGAAACCUGCGGGAAAAUCAUCAGAAAAUAAAGAUUCCUCAGCCUCACAUAAUGGGAUAGCCACCACCUCGAAACCCAUUGCAACAUCUAAAGUGAUAACACCAGUGAUCUCAACAAAUACGACUUCCACCACCUUAAGCUCUACACCCAAAAUAGCAAAUGUUUCACAAAAUACAUCCCAGCUAUCAGUAUCCACAGUUACCACAGCCCACAAUAGUUCAAUGACAUCUGUUCCUUCAUCGGUAACAGUCACAGCAACUAUUAUUUCUAAGGAAAAUAAAGGAUCAAAAUUUGAUACUGGCAGCUUUGUUGGUGGUAUUGUAUUAACACUGGGAGUUUUAUCUUUUCUUUACAUUGGAUGCAAAGUGUAUUAUUCAAGACGAGGCAUUCGGUAUAGAACCAUUGAUGAACAUGAUGCCAUCAUUUAA